CUUCGAUUCACUUAAAAAAGAAGCAACUGAAACAAUCUGAAGUCUAUGUACAUAGUACACAGACAUAUCUCCUCUGAUGUGAGCCAACAAGUCAUCUUAAAGCCAGAGAGUAUUUGAUCUAGUAUAAGUAGUGUAAAGAUUCUUCAAUUCGAAAUGGCUGAUCAAGCCCUUCACUGGAGUGAGUAAGCAACACCAAUCAUCAUGUUAUUUGAUUAAAUUUAUAUUUUAAAUAUUUAUAUCAUCCAGUAAGUACAAUAAUCCCAUAUUUUCAGGUAUGAUACUGUAUGUUGCAAAAGACUGUGAAGAUUCCCUUGUAGCGUUUUUAAGCUUCAAGUUGUCUGGUUGUAAAGGGAAAAUAGAAACAGUUCCUGCUGAUUCUAAGCAUAUCCCAUUUCUGAAGUCUACCAAGCAAGUUCCAUCCUUGCAGCUAGAAUCUGGUGAUUUCCUAUUUACCAUAGAGUCAGUGCUUCUCUAUCUGGUAGGCGAAUCCUGCAAAACCGCCUUACAAUAUCUGGCAUCCCCAAAGAUUUGCCUUGAAAAACUGAACAAAGAGAUUCCAUCCAAGUCUUUAUUUGGAGAGAAUGAAACUAUAGGUCAAACAGACAUGGUUUUGUGGUCUAAAUUGUGCUCCUGUCUUCAAGUGUUAAAAGCUUCCAAAAAUCUUUACAGUACCUACCCAAGAGUUGGAUUUUGGUUUGAUAAAGUUUCCAAUAAUGAGAUGAUAACUUCUGCUUCAAAAGAGCUUGGCUAUUUGCCUAGCAAAGUUCAUCCUCCUAAGCAGGUUAAGGUUGCUAUCCAGAAAGAAGUUUUGACCAAAGCUCCACCAAAAAGCAGUAGCAAUGCUAACUCCAAGAAACCUGUGACAGAUGCAGUUGAAAAUUUUUUGCAAGUAUCCGUUACUGAAGAUCAAAAGAAAACUGCGAUUAAGAAAUGGGUGGAAGGGUAUCCUAUUGCCAAGCCAAUGAACCACGAAGAGCACCCUAAAAAGCCCAUACCAGGAAAGAAAAACAACCUUAUCACAAGUGCUUUGCCAUAUGUAAACAAUGUGCCUCAUCUUGGAAACAUCAUCGGUGCUGUUUUGAGUGCUGAUUGCUUUGCUAGGUACUGUCGUUUAAAGAAUGAAAAUACCUUGUACAUUUGUGGAACUGACGAAUAUGGAACUGCAACUGAAACAAAAGCUCUUGCAGAAGGGAUGACUCCCAAGCAAAUUUGUGACAAAUAUAAUGCUCUUCACCAAGACAUUUAUUCAUGGUUCAACAUCAGUUUUGAUUUCUUUGGCCGAACGACCACCAAGCAGCAAACUGAGAUAGCUCAAGAUAUUUUCUGGAAGGUACAUGACAAUGGCUACACAGUUGCCCAAACUGUUGAACAGCUGUACUGCCCUCAGUGUAAAAAGUUUUUAGCUGAUAGAUUUGUUGAAGGAACCUGUCCUUUCUGUGACUGUGAGGAUGCAAGAGGCGACCAAUGUGAUAAAUGUAGUAAACUGAUCAACCCCAUUGAAUUAAAAGAUCCAAAGUGUAAGGUCUGCUCUAAAUCGCCUGAGGUUAAAACUUCUCGACAUCUAUUUUUGGACUUGCCAAAGCUUGAAGAGAAAAUCAAGAACUUCACUGAUGAAAGGGCUGCUAAAAAGACCUACAACAGCACUUCAGUUGCUAUCACCAACUCCUGGAUUAAUACAGGAUUGAAACCCAGAUGUAUUACCAGGGAUUUGAAAUGGGGAACACCAGUUCCACAUGAAGACUACAAGGGUAAGGUAUUUUAUGUGUGGUUUGAUGCUCCAAUAGGAUACAUAUCAAUUACAGCUAAUUACAUGAAAGAAUGGGAGCUGUGGUGGAAGAAUCCUGAAAAUGUUACACUUCACCAGUUCAUGGCAAAAGAUAAUGUUCCUUUCCACUCUGUGAUUUUCCCUGCUUCCCUAAUGGCAACAGGGGAGAAUUGGACCAUGGUGGAAACCCUGGAUGGUAUUGACUGGUUACAGUAUGAGGGAACUAAAUUUUCUAAAAGUCGUGGAACUGGAGUGUUCGGAGACCAGGCUGUAGAAACUGGCAUUCCCUGUGAUAUCUUCCGUUGUUACCUUCUUCUGAACCGUCCUGAAACCAGUGAUACCAAUUUUGCCUGGGAUACUCUAGCUCAAACAAACAACAACAUUCUCCUCAAUAAUCUUGGUAACUUUGUUCUAAGAGCUCUUACAUUCUGCAAGACUUCUUUCGGCUCAAGAAUUGAAAAGAUAAACUUAAAUGCUGAUGAUGAGCAUUUUAUUGCACUUGUCAAUGGACAUUUAGCUUCUUACUACAAGAACUUUGAUGAAAGAAUGAUGAGCAGAGCUUUUGAGUGUGUAUUUGCUAUUUCGAAAAUAGGAAACCAAUACCUGCAAUACAACGCCCCAUGGGUUCUUACCAAAGGUAGUGAUGCUGACAAAGCACGAGCUGGUUCAGUAAUCAGUGUUGCCACCAACGUUGCUGCUCUUCUCUCCGUUAUAAUAUCUCCGUUCAUGCCGACCAUGUCCAAGGUUCUCCAGGAGCAACUGAACAUGCCUGAAGAAAAGAAACUCUUUACCGACUGCUUUGUUCCCCUCUUGAAACCUGGACACACUAUUGGAACACCGUUCCCGUUGUUCUCUAAGAUGGAGGAUGCAUCAGUUGCUAGUUUUAAAACAAGGUUUAGUGGUCAAGAUAGUAGCUCAUCUGGUGCAGCUGCUGCUGCUCCUGUCACUGAUGUGGAGUCUAUUCAAAGAGAGAUAGAGAAACAGGGAAACAAAUUAAGAGAGUUAAAAUCAUCCAAGGCAGCUCCUGAUUUGAUAAAAUCUGAGGUUGCAAUAUUACUAGAUCUGAAAAAGAAGCUACCUGCCGAACUUCAGGAGAAACCAUCAAAAGGUAACAAGAAGGGAGCAGCAAAGCCCCAGGCUAAAGCUCAGCCAAAAGUUCAAAAUGCACCAAAAGCUAAAUUAGAGAUAACACCAGAGAUUGCUGCUCUCCAAAAAGAAAUUGAGGCUCAAGGUUUAAAAGUUCGAGAGCUUAAGGGUAGCGGUGCUGAUAAAAGUGCCAUUGGUGCUGAAGUCAAAGUGCUGCUGGAGCUGAAGUCGAAACUUCCUGCUGAGUUACAACCACAACCGACUGGAAAGAAAGGCAAAAAGAAAUAACUCUUCUUUGAUUUAGGAUAAUUCUUUCGCUUCUUGUUUUUGUCUUGGAGAUUGAUCUAGUUUUACUAUGUAAUAGGUUUUAUUCAUGUACACGGUUUUGCUCAUUUUGGUUUUCAUCAUCUUAAA